AUGAAAAGGCACUCUAUAGAGGUGAAGAAAUCCGUCCCCGUCUCCUGCUUGGAGUGUCGCCGCCGCAAGAUCAAAUGUGACCGCGGGGUGGUUUGUAAAAACUGCGAGGGCAAAAAGCUCACUUGCGAGUACCCAGAGACCUUUAGAUCGAUUAAAAUUUCGCCACCGCAACCCAAGUUGGGAAUUUUGGAGGAGGAGGAAGAGAAAGAGAUGUCCGACGUGGAGAAGCUGCGCAAGCAGAACAUAAAGCUGGCCGGCCACAUCUUCAAAUUGGAGAAGAAGGCGCUCGAGCGGGCCGAUGCCGCACCGAGCUACAUCACGGUGCCUUGUUUCCACGAAAGUCACAUGACGCUGGUCACGAGCAGACCGGUGGAAUUGCCGGAAAUACUAGACGACAAGGUGCUGAAUAUGCAUCUGCUGAACCACCUCGUGUCGUGUUUUUUCGACCUCAAACAGCACGUGUACUUUGAGCUCGACAAGGACGACUUGCUGGGGCAGUUGAAAAGGCUCGACACGUCGUUCCAUAGCAUGGAGGUGGUGAUGCUGACUUGUGCUAUAAGCCUGGUCACCCUGGACUACACCUACGACCCUAAACACAAGCGUCUUGUCGACUUCGACGCCACCAUCGACAGACCCGCGAUGGUGUCUGCGCUGGUCGCCAAAAUCAGGGACUAUCGCGAGCUUACGAAAUACUCUCGCGGCAAAACCAAGUUCAUGGCUCUGUGGCUAUUUAUGGAGACCCGAUUCGUUGAGCGCGACGAAUGGCUCUCAAUUUCCGCCGAGGUGUUCACCACCUACUCGCAUCAUCCCGAGCUCGCUUCUUUAGUCCGGAAAUUUGACAGUCUCUACGUGCUAAAGUGCCUGGUGACGGACAUGCAUCCGAUCAUGUCGCAGAGUUUUGAGCAGAUGAGGGUGUUUGAUCACAAGUUCAAUCCGCAGGCCUACUUGCAGGCGAAGGAGAUAAACCCGGCGGACGACUUCCUGUCGCUUGUUGUGCGCGUUCUGGACUCCAGACUCAGUUUGAGAAAGGACAACUACCUGAUUAUGGAGGUGCUAUUCAAAAUUCAAAAAAAAGAGCACGAUAUCAUGCUCCUGAAAAAGAAAAGAAGUUUCGUCCUCGACAACUGCGACCAGAUUAACGCGAUACUUCUCUCGCAGAUGAAGGUGCUGAUGGUGCUACACUACUGCGGCCUAAAACUCAGAUUUUUCCAGAAACCGUCUGAUUACCAGCUGGAGUCGAUGGUCAAGCUGCUCAACCACCUGAUGGAAAUGAGCAUGUGGGGUGACCUCGAGGCGAGCACAAAGGAGUGUCUGCCUGUGCGCAACUACGUCGUGAUGAUUCUGGGCAGUAUGCUCGGCAUGUUCAACUCGAUGUUGUAUCACAGGAACAUCAACAUUAAAAUGCUCAAGCUGAUCCUGGCCAAAUUUGAGGCCAUCUCGUGCUACCAUUUCAUCGACACCGAGUUGCUGGACACUGUGGCUGCUAAAGUCAAGUUGAUAUCCUCCGAAAAGAACCCAGACGCGAGCACGCCGUUCCUGUACGGCUCGGAGGUUCUUCUGCGCGAGAAUAUCGACGUUUCGAAGUUGCAGGUCAGACCGGGCUCCGGUGCUCUGCCAGUCGCUAAUAAUUUUGCACUGGACUUCUCGCCGAAGGAGACAGUCAACUUCUCCAGGUUCCUGACGGACGACGAAAACGGCACCUACAAGGACCAGGCCGAGUCGCCGUCGUCGCUCGGGGACAACGGCGAGUUUACAGGCCCGGUCGAAAAAGAGUUUGCAACCAUUUUGACCCAGGACCAAAACUUUACGGACUACUGGCUGGGACCUCCUUCCGAAAGUGGCAAGUUGCUGGACGUGAACGAGCUGACGCCGGCGGCACCGUCGUCCAGCAAAACAUCCAGCUUCUUCGCAGCGGAGCUGGAGCCCUUUCCCGUGAGCGACCCGCUAAAAAGGCCAGCGAUGGAUCUCAACGGCUACUAUCAAUUUAUGGAUGUUGAGUGA